CUGCUCCACCAACCCAUCUCUCCCUGCGGACAAAAUGGCGGCUGCGGCGGCGGCUCCGGUGGCACAGUGGGUGCCCUGUUGAGGAAAGAGAUCGAGUAUUUUACCAAUUUGGAGCACUUUGAGUAUCCUCGUGGAAGCCUCCAAGCUCAAGGGAAUUCAAGGAAAUUGGCUUCAGGGAGUGGUAAAGGUAUAGGUAAUACUGCUGCUUCACGAAGUAGUAGUGGAAGAUCGUUUUGGCCGUUGAGAAUUCGGUGGGGAAGGAAGAAAUCCGCCGGGGCCGGCGGCGGCGGCAGCGGCGGAGGAAUGCUUCGUCCGGGGAUGUGCUCCGCCGUGGAUGUUGGUCGGGAUGGCGUUGGGAUGAUCUCCGGGAGGUUUGGUUAUCGAGUACUUAAGCAAGAUGACUUAUCGCUAGAAUUCGCAGCGAUCCCCAAGAAUGCGCCAUCGUCGUCAAUGGUGAUCUUCAGAUCCUUACGAGCUCUGACGUCGAAACAACAGAACAUAAAUGCCGUCGCCGGAACCCUAACGUAUCACCGAAGCUUCCUCACCGCAUCCACCUCCACUUUCCCUUCCUCUUAUGCCCUCCUUCCAUCCCUCCCUCGCUCUCCGUCUUCACCGCCUCACUGCUUCCUCUCUCCGCUCUCGAAAUGGAUCGCUGCUCCGCUUCUUCUUCGAGGCCAUCUCUUCCUCGCUUCGCCGCCGUGGAAGCUGCUGCAGUCCUCGACCCCACUCCACCUGCGCGGGAACGGUGCCGCCUUGGCGCUGCUGAGGAAAAGGAGGGCGGAGGCUCUGAAUCGGUUGAAUUCGCGGCUCGAUUCGUUUAAAAGCAGGAUCAGGUCCUCCUCCGCGGUCGCCGCGACGACUGCAGCGCCGUACGGCUUCGUCGUGGAGGAGCAAUCGAGAAGAAAUCGCUCCGCGGCGGAAGAGUGGUUUUGGGAUAGUUUUGCGAAUUGGCCUAAUUUUAUCUCGAUCAGUCGUUUGGUCUCCGGGCCUUUUCUUGGAUGGAUGAUUGUUAACGAGAUGUAUUCUGCUGCCUUUGUGGGUUUAGCAAUCUCUGGAGCUAGUGACUGGCUCGAUGGUUACGUUGCGAGGAAGAUGAAAAUCGAUUCGGUAGUGGGUUCGUAUCUCGAUCCUCUUGCUGACAAGGUUCUCAUUGCUUCAGUUGCUGUAGCAAUGGUACAUAUGGAUCUCUUACACCCUGGACUUGUUGGAUUGGUUUUGUUUCGAGAUGGCGGACUGGUUGCUGCAACUCUAUAUCAUAGAGCUAGGAGCUUGGGUUGGAAGCGGGAUAGUUGGUAUGAUUUCGUCAACCUCAACGGAUCUGGUGCCGAGAAGGUUGAGCCUCUAUAUAUAAGCAAGGUAAAUACAGUUUUCCAGCUGCUAUUAGUCGCUGCAGCUCUUCUUCAGCCGGAUUUUGGCACGGUGGAGACCCAAGUAUAUGUAACCUACUUGAGCUGGCUGGUGGCCUCGACGACAGUCGGUUCUAGCGUAGCAUACGGGGCUAAAUACCUGAACAACAGAUCUGCACUACUCGCCAGGAAAUCAUAGCUUUCAUAGUUGAAUACCUGAACGGCCCAAGCAAAUCAGCACCGUCUUCUUUGAAGUCGUAAGAAUGGUGUAAUUGCAGCAUCAGAAGCGAUACUGAGACAUGAAGAACUGAUGAAUUUUGUUGUCAGAAUGUACAGCAGAGUGUUACGAAGUUGGACUACUGAUUCAGUUUGUUGUCAGUCUAGUGUAGUAGAAUUGAAGGCGAUAUUGAGGUUCAUGGCAAAUGUAUAUAUUAUGAUUCUCGUUAAAUCGGCGAGUGACCAAGUUAUAUGCAUCCUACGAACGCAAUAUCAGUCUGCAGUUUCAUUUACUGCUGAGAAAUGGGAACCAAGUGCAGAUACAGAUCACAAAGGAGCUUCUCAGGCAGCUUUAACCAUCUGGCCAUCAAGUUACAGAAAACAAGCACAAACAUGUGACCGCGAUUAAUCGACAGAGGUGACAUCAAAGUUUAAUCAUUCAUGUGACUAAUCCACAUUUACAUGGAGAACCAAAACCCAUGAAGGCACUCGAUCUCAAUGAGCAGCGAACUGGUCGCAUUAUUAUCUUUUCGCAGAAACCGUCAUGAACUACCAUUGUCGUAUAAAAAUCAUCUGCCAUUUCUAACCUGUGAUGUUCAAUGUCAAUGGAAACAAACCCCCCAAAGAAAUGUUUUUACCUUACUGCGGCAAGCCAGCCAAAACCUCAUCCCAGAUAUGAGCAUUCUUGGAGAACUUCUCCUUCACUUGCCCUACAAGCUCCUUCGCCUCCUCAACUCUCCCUUCACCCGCAAGCCCAUUCACCAACAGCUUCAUCGUCGAGAAAUUCGGCACCCAUUUCUUCUCCAUACUCUCCUUACAAAUUGCGAAAGCAGCAUCGAAAUCCUUCCCCACGCACAAGUAGUAGAUCAAAGUGAAGUAGCACUCGAUGGUAGGCUGAUGUCCCCUGCCCACCAUGCUCUUAAAGAGCUUCUUGGCUUCCUCCAAAUCCCCUGCUAUACAGAACCCAUGAAUCAACUCGGCGAAAGUAGUGGCAUUCGGCUUGGGGCCUUCUUUCAACAUCUUAUCGAGCAAAGCCAUAGCUUCCCGAGCUCGCUUCAGCUUGCACAAGCUCUGAAUCCUGACAUUGUAGGUAGCAGUUCCAGGGGAGAUCGAGUACUCUGUCUUCAUCAUGUCCAAAACUUUCCCUACUUCUUCAAACUUCUCUUCCUUGUAGAACCCUGCCAGCAGGUGGGAGAAAGUAGUAGCGUUAGGCUUGAUUCUGUUCUUCUUCAUCUCUCCCAGGAGCGAGUAAACCGAGCUCGAACUACCGGACUCCGUAAAGGACUUGAUCACGGUGUUAUAAGUGUCUAGAUUCGGACUGAUUGAGUAUAUCGCAGGGAAAUCGACGAAGAUCCGCUUUACCUCGGCGUAGUUCUUCACGAUGGCGCAGGCGAAGAGCAACGCGUUCAGCGUCUUCACCGAACCGGAUUCGGAGCCGGCGUCUUCGUGGUGCUUCUUGAAGGUGGCGAUCGCGUCGUCGACCAUGUUGGCCUGGCCGAAGAGGACGAUGGCCUGAGCGGCGAAUUUCUCGGUGCGGAGGUCGGGGCGGUCGCGGCGGUGCUCGUCGAGGAGCUGCUUGACGUAGGAGAACUGAUUGGAUUCGGAGAGCUUGGUGACGGCGACGGAGAAGGCGAUGCGGUCGAGGUGGAGGUCGGGAGUCAGAGACGCCGCGCGGCAGAUCUCGAGGAUCUUCUCCGGGUUCUGCUCGGAUUUGAGGAGGGAGAGCGCGGCGCGGGUUUUGUCCUUGGCGGAGAGGGGAGUCUUGGAGUCCGGCGAUAGGAUCGUGGAGAAGUUGCAGCGCCCGCGGUGGGCGGCGGUGAGGGAUUGGAGACGGAGGCGGGAGAAGAACGCCAUUGUUGUUGCUGGAUUGAGAUCGGUAGAGAGGGAAGGAAGAGAGCUCUGUGAAGGAACUGGAAGUGGUUAGGGUUUCUUCGAGAAUCAUUCUCAGGUUUGUGAGGGGUUUUAGGGAAAUGAUACGGUGUGG